GCGUCAACAUCACGCACGGAAAACGCGCUUGUCUUAGGAGCGCUCCGAAACAAUGUCAACUGCUGUAAAUGGGGGAGAAAUGUAGCUCGUUGUGUUUAUUUGUUGAGUUAAUUAUGCAUGGAUUUAUUUAUGAAUAUUUUAUGGGUUUGCUGCACACGUCUAAGUGUAAAAUACAUUUUAAGUAGAUAAUAUAGUAGUUUUAUUAGAUAAAUUAGCAUUUUUCAUUCAUUUUUGAGCUUUAGAAAAAUAGCUUUGUCUAAUUCUAGCAUAUGUCAUUAUUCUGCAUCAACGCUCUGGGGUCUGAGGGUGUUUGGGGCCCUGGAGAAGUUUUGAGAUACCCUGACAUCUGUGUGACUUUGGUGAUGUUGAAAUCUUUUUUGGAGGUCUAUAAUUCAGUCAACUAGAAUAGGGAAUUCGAUUCUUCAGUCAACUCUGUACACAGCGGUAUGAGAUGAUUGGAGAUUUACUGGGCCGAGAGCAGCACGACAUCGCCCUGUUACAGGAAGUAUGGAGUGAAAGAGAUUUCCUUUUCCUGAAGAAAAAGCUGUCCUCCUCUCAUCCUUAUACUCACUAUUUCAAGAGUGGAGUCAUUGGCAGUGGGCUUGCUGUGUUCUCCAGACACAGGAUCCAGGACGCUCUGCUCUACCAGUACUCUCUCAACGGCUACCCAUAUAUGCUGCGCCAUGGCGACUGGUUUGGAGGCAAAGCAGUCGGGUUGGUCAUUGUAGACAUUUCUGGAUUAAAGGCGCAUGUCUAUGUUACUCAUUUACAUGCAGAGUACUCCAGGGCUCAAGAUGAAUACCUGCCCCACAGAGUAGUGCAGUCGUGGGAACUGCUACAGUUCGUGCGCCACACGUCCCGUGGAGCAGAUCUGGUGGUUCUGGGAGGGGAUCUGAACAUGCACCCUCAGGACCUGGGAAACCGUCUCUUCAGAUCCCACACUGGGCUCAGAGACUGCUAUACUGAAACAGACACGUUUGAUGGCUGUGAAGAUGGUCACACGCUAAUAGCAGACAAUCACUUCACAAAAAAGCAAGAUCUUAUUCCUUUUGAGAAGGGCAUCAGAAUUGACUACAUUCUCAUGAAGGGCUCUCAGAGAGUGAACAUGAAAUGUGAGUCUCUUUCCACUACAAAGGGUCCAGUGGCUGAUAAACCCUUUCCAUAUUCUGACCAUGAGGCUCUGACUGCUGAACUGGCCCUGCUGCGUUUAGAGGACAGCAGCCAGCAUGGAUUGAGCGACACACUGGCUGUAUCAGAUCAGAUGGACGUGGUCACAGAGGCACGUGCGGUGGUAAAGGAAGGCCUGUGUCAGACCGAGGCCCUGCGGGACAAAGCCAUGCAUCUGAUGUUCGGCGCUCUGCUGUUACUGCUGCUGCCGCUGGCUAUGGCCUUCCUGCCCUGCUCCUGCUCCUUCAGCACCGUGGGGCUUCUGGGAGCCGUUUGCAUGGGCCUGCUCCUCUCUGGAGCUGUGCUCUACCUGCUCUUCACCACACACAUCAAAGUCCUAAAAGAGACUGAAGACCAGAUGAUGCUGACCUCUAAUGACCUCCAGACUAAACUGACAGGAUGUCGGCUGUCUGGAUCUUCGUCCUCCGAUGGAUAUCCAGAGCUCCAGCCGCUGAGUCCUUUUAAAUGGGAGGAGUAAGGUUGACCCCUAAGAGUUGGUCCUGGAUCAGGUUACUGUACCUCAGUGUUACAUAAUAGCUGUUAGGAUAUAACUUGAAGAUCUGAUCCGAGAUCAGUGCUCUGAGGCUAUACCUACCUCAACUCAGUGAAUAGACAGAUCAAUCAUCACAGAGCUGCUGCUCUUUGCAUUUCAGCGAACUAAAAAAUCUUGAAGGCUGGAAAGGAAAGCCCUGUUUGUUUCCGUGAGGGAAAGUUAUUUAAUUCUGUACUUGUCUAUGCCAGUAAAGACACUCCAAACAGUGUGCUUUCUGAUAUUUUAAUGUAACUCAAAAGAGACUUAAGUCAAUUUUUUUAAUUGUUUGUUGUUGAGGUAUUACUAGACCACAUUUUAGGCAUUCUAAACACUGUUUGAAUGUCAUUUUAUCGUAUCCAUGAAUAAAUAAAUCACUAUUCUGAAGUAUUUUCAUAUUUACUGUAGGGUGUUUUAAAUAAUUCACCCCCUUUCCACAAGGUAGUGCUCUUGCUCUUGAAUGCAAGAGCAUAAAUGUUGAAAGCAUAAAAAGCAUAAAAAUCCAUUGUUAUGAAAUUAAAUUUAUGUGAUGAAUUAAUAUCUGCAUUGUGGAGCUGAAAAGUGAACAAUAACAGUUUAGUUUCUUAGUAUAAGUAGCUAGUCUGCAGCCUUUUAGCCAACGUUUGUUUUCUGUGGUUAGCAAGCUGUUUUUUUUUUAGCUUUCAUUUUCUUCCAAAGAAAUUCUGAACAAUCAGCUACAAUAACUUUCGCUUUCAUUAAAUGUGAAAAAAUAAAUAAAUAAAUCUUAUCUCUUGGACAGUUUACAUAACAAAGUUUUUUUUAUCUAUUUUAGCAAAUCUUACUGCAGGACGCAUUAAUGUUUUAUGCCAAGCUUAAUAAUGCUACAUCAGACUUCAAUAGCCAUUAACACAAGUAAUUUUUUAUAAUAUUUAACUAGUUUAGGAAACCAUUACCAUACCAAUAGUAUAGACAAUAAUUUAAUCUUAGCCCUUUUCUUACACAACAAAAUAGUAGGGAGAAAUAGUAUUUCUGGGUGUGGUUGUAAAAGAAGGGCUAAUUAUAAUAUAGAGUUACAACACUUGUGUGUUUGAUCAUCACAGCUGAGUCAUGGAUGGUGAUGCACUGUUAUACACUGUUUUACACACUAAAGCAUGUACAGUUAUACUGUGUUAUUCUGGUGAGUGAAUGUCACAAAUAUUGUAGAAGUGUUGGCGUCUUCAAGAUAUGUCACUGAAGUGUGAUGCCACAGACUGAGCACUCAGUCAUUAACAUCUCCCAUCAUCCACACUGGAGCAUGUGAACAUUACACUAUCCAAUAAUGGCAUGUCACACUUUAAUGAACAUAACAAACAUGUUUCUAUAGAUAGGCAGAAAUAGUUGAACCACAAUUCUGGAACUCGUAGACAACUAUCACACAAGGCUGCAAGCAGACAUUGAUGCAACUCAUAAUAUCACUGCUAUAAUUAAGGGUAUGUAAACUUUGGAACUUUAUAAUCAAUAUAAUUUCAGUUAUUUUGUUUUUAUUUAUUUAUUUUUAUUUUUUAAUUGUCGAUUUACUGUAUGUAUACAAUAUGUGUAUGUUAUGUGAAGCUUCAGUAUGUGAUAAUGUUAAAUAGUGAUGUUAAAGAGAGAGAUAGAAGGGGAAAAAAUUAAUGCUUUUGCGUUGGCUACUCUCGCAAAAGUAUUGCAUUGCACUUAUGUGGGUGAAUGCAAAAUAUCCUUUUGGAAUGCAAGACUUUUGGGAGAAGUACGUCUCAGGUUACGCAUGUAACCUUGGUUCCCUGAGAAGGGGAAUGAGACGCUUGGUCCCCUAGAGGGCGCUUUUGGGCAAUGUCUUUGGCAUGACCAAAAGCACCCUCUAGGGGACGCAGUGUAGAGUUCCCAUUCGAAAGGAAACGUAGCAAGAGUUUUGCAAGAGAACGCAAAAUUUCUCUUUGGAACGAAAGACUUUGGGAGAAAACACAGAUUUUCUUUUUGGAACGCAAGACUUUUUGCGAGAGAACACAAAAUAUCUCUUUGGAACGGAAGACUUCUGGGAGAAAACAGAUUUUCUUUUUGGAACGCAAGACUUUUGCGAGAGAACACAAAAUAUCUCUUUGGAACGCAAGACUUUUGUGAGAGAAUGCAGAUUUUCUCUUUGGAACACAAGACUUUUGCGAGAGACCGCAAAAUAUCUCUUUGGAACGCAAGACUUUUGCGAGAGAACACAAAAUAUCUCUUUGGAACACAAGACUUUUGUGAGAGAAUGCAGAUUUUCUCUUUGGAACACAAGACUUUUGCGAGAGACCGCAAAAUAUCUCUUUGGAACGCAAGACUUUUGCGAGAGAACACAAAAUAUCUCUUUGGAACGCAAGACUUUUGCGAGAGACCGCAAAAUAUCUCUUUGGAACACAAGACUUUUGCGAGAGAAUGCAGAUUUUCUCUUUGGAACGCAAGACUUUUACGAGAGAAUGCAGUUUCUCUGAGAUUUUUGCAAGGGAACGCAAAGUUCACUCAGUGAAGCAUUUAAAAACAGUUUAUCGUUCUACUCAAAGUGAACCCAUUGUUUCUCAGGGGAAUAAAAGGUUU